GACGCGGAGAAAUUUUAAACUCUCGUCCUUCUCAGUGAUGGCGGCUUCGUUUCGUUCUCUCCCUUCAACCUGUAAUAACAAAUGGUACUACACCCGCCAGCAGAUCGAAAACAGCCCAUCUCGGCGAGCUGGACUUGAUCCCGACAAGGAGCUGUCCUACAGACAACAGGCAGCGAACCUCCUCCAGGACAUGGGGCAGCGGCUCAAUGUAUCACAACUAACUAUUAAUACAGCUAUUGUCUAUAUGCAUCGGUUUUACAUGGUCCAGUCAUUUACAAGGUUUCACCGAAAUGUUAUUGCUCCGGCUGCCCUUUUCCUCGCAGCAAAGGUUGAGGAGCAGCCCAGAAAGUUGGAGCAUGUAAUCAAGGUGGCACACGCAUGUUUAAACCCUCAGGAGCCUUCACCAGACAUACGCAGUGAUGCUUACCUGCAACAAGCCCAAGACCUGGUCAUUCUUGAGAGCAUAAUUCUCCAGACCCUGGCUUUUGAAAUCACAAUUGAUCACCCUCACACUCAUGUUGUCAAGUGCACUCAGCUUGUUAGAGUUAUUCCAGCCAGUAAGGAUCUGGCCCAAACAUCAUACUUCAUGGCCACAAACAGUCUACACUUGACAACAUUUUGCCUGCAGUAUAGUCCGCCUAUUGUCGCUUGUGUGUGCAUCCAUCUUGCCUGCAAAUGGUCCAACUGGGAAAUCCCCGUCUCUACGGAUGGAAAACACUGGUGGGAGUAUGUCGAUCCCACAGUUACCCUGGAGCUGCUGGACGAGCUAACCCAUGAGUUUCUUCAAAUCCUGGAGAAAACACCCAGCCGUCUGAAACGAAUUAGAAACUGGAAGGCUGGUGGUCAAACGCCAAAAGCUAAGCCUAAAGUCCAGGAGGAGGGAGACCAAAGGGACACCAUGAUCAGCAUGAUCUCCAUGGUGUCGCCAGAAAGUACCGUGGCCGGCUUGAUGAGUCUCUCAGCUCCGCCCUCUGCCUCCUCUUCCUCGUCCGUGGGUGACAAGGACCGGGCGGUACCAGGCAGUGCUGCGACGUGGAGCGGAAAAGGUCAGGUUGGAACUGAGCCACAACAGCCACCCAACAAUGAGGUCCACACCCCAGCCAAGGUUUCACUGAGUGAAUAUCGGGCCAAGAACGCUGACGUCCUGGCUGCCCAAAAGAGGAAGCUGGAGAACAUGGAGGCCAGUGUAAAGAGAGAGUAUGCCAAUGCAGCUCAGGCUCUCAUUGGUCAGCAGAGGAAGCAUCAUCACCAGCAGUCCAGCUCCUCCUCUUCCUCUGACAUCAACCCCUCACCUAUAGUUCUGAAAAUCCCUUUGGAGAAGGAGCGCUCCGACAAACAUUUGAAAAUGCGUUUUCCGAUGCCGGUAGGCGGCAGCAGCGGGCAUGGCGAUAGAGGCCAGGAUCCAGACAUUAAAGUCAAAAUCCGAGUGCCGGAGAAGCCAAGGGGGGGUUUGGGAGAGGAGGGCAAAAGCAGGGACAAGCACAGGGACCGGUCUAAUCAUCAUCAUCACCAACACCAUCAACACCAUCAUUCCUCUUCACACAAACAUUCAUCCAGCUCCAGUGGUUCACUGGGAAGCAGCAAAAAGAUCCCAAGUGACUCCUCUAGAUCAAGUUCUUCAUCCUCUUCCAGCUCCAGAAAGAGGACACAUUCCCAAGAUCCAUUAGCAGGAUCCCACCCUGCCUCUAAGGUUAGCAAGACCUCCAGGAACCCCUACCAGCUGCCGUCCUUGUCUUCCUCAUCUGGACAAACUCUGGGUCACGCUUCUGACGUUCUGCCUUCUCUGGGCCUUUCCCACCACCAGGGUACUUUCCCACAUUCAAAAGGGGACAAGAUGGACACUAAUGGGCACAGUUCAGCAGGUGGGACCCAGUCUAAUGAGUACCAGGACACUUUUGAAAUGCUGAACUCACUGCUGAGCGCGCAAGGUGUCCAGCCAUCGCAGCCAUCCAUGUUUGAAUACAGAUCCCAGUACGGGGACCACCGGUUCUCCAGUGGCUCUAGAGGGAACAAUCCCAGACCUCCACCCCUGCCUUCAGAACCGCCUCCCCCUCUUCCACCACUACCCAAAUGAGUGUCUGAUCAGGAGGCCAUUUUUAUGUAGAUUUUACUUGAAAUCACAUGCAUUCAUUUUUGUCAUGUAAAGUGUUGUAAAGAAAAAAACAAAACAAACAUAAGUUUAGCUUUUUUUAUUAUAUUCACCCAACAUGUAUAUUUUUUUGUAAGUAUCAGGGUGACAGCAGAGAAAUGUAACAACACGUUUAGAGGUUUCUGGUUUUACAUGCGGCAAUAAUGAAUUUAGGAGCCUUGCAAAAAUGUAAAGAACAAAAAAAUGUGUAUUCUUUUCCUUCUGCUCAAUUCCAAGGAAAUAUGAUGAUGGGAUUUAUGUUGAUGAAAUUGAAACUGCCAGCGGAUAUAUUUUAGCCCUUUUUUGUACCGUUUUUUUACAGUGUUAUUUAUUGAGUGCUUUUUAAAGAAAAACGUCGAACUUAAGGUUCCUUCCUUCCUUUUUCUGUAUGCAAAGGGAGAGAUGUUUUCAUCAAGACUGUACAGGCAAGUUAGACAGUGCAUGUCAGCAAAGCCAUGUUUUUAAAUUUCAUUUUUUUAAAAGAUUUUUAACCUGCCUCUAUAUCUAAGAGCUCCUUUAUUUGGGUUACUUGUAUGAAGAUUGUAUUGUGGAAUCCUUUUUCUAUUAUUUUCAUCCUAAAAAUGAUAAAAAAGAGAUGUAAUGAAGCUUGUACUGUUUAGUUUUUAAGUGUUGCAGUCAUUGUUUUAAAUGGUUGUAAAAUGUUCAUAUUCAGUUAUUUGUUAAAUACACUAGCUUCAUACACUGAACAGACACAUCUUUCAAAGGUUUAAUCAUAUCUACCCAGUCACAGUCAUGAAGGACAGACAUGUAUUGUCAUCUUUGAUGGUUAUUAGGAUGUUUCAAUGUAUAAUCCCUUGCGUUAACACUGUUCUGUUUCAAUCGUAUUGCAAUUGUCUGAUUGCUUCUGACAUACAGAUAUUAAUCCAAGGCUUGAUUAUUUUUAUUAUUUUUUUUUAUCUAUCCAAAAAUGACCACUCUUAAAAAACAAAAAACGUUGCACGUCCUCUAAAACUAUCUUAGAUGAGCAUACCUCCAUCCCACGGCCUUGAACAUGCAGUCCCAAGGAGAAUUUAAAUUGAAUUCUUAAGCAAAAUGGCAGAUUUUUUUAUUUAUUUAUUGGCUGUAUAUUUUAUUCACAAAGAUUUAUGUGGGUAUUUGUCAUAUAAACAAACUUGAAUCUGCCUCCUAUCAGUUUAUGUAAAAUAAUGUUUAUGGUGAUGCAGUACAACAAAUCAGCCAUGUAAAUUAAUUGAUUCCCCUCAUAAAUUAUAAAUGUACUGGAAAAGAGGCUUUUAGUUCUAACAGAAAUGGUGAAUGCACUGAAUAUUUAUAUUUGUGGGGGAACCUACAAUGAAAUUAAAGUGUUACAUGUAUAGUGGCGAAACUACUAGUUUAUUUCCAAUAUAUUGUCAUUUAAAAAAGAAUUGGGACAACUGUUUCAGUUUAAGUAUUAACAUGCUGUGAGAAAGACUCAUUUUAUAUUUCAUAUAGGGUGAAUGGAAGACACUCAUGCAACCUAACAAUGCAAAAAAUUACAAUAGCCUACGUUUCUUGUUUAAUUUCUUGGUGUUUUUAUGGACACUCAGGUCGGGAAAUAAAAUCAUUGGAUUUUUUUCAUUAAGUUAUAUGUGAACAAUGUUUUUGAUAAAAUGUGGUUGCUUUAUUCCGGAAGUCAAUAAAUAUUUUAAUGAA